AUGGCACUUUCACACAUACAGGUUGUUUGCAUUCUAGGUGCACUCUCUGUUCUCAUAUACAAAUACAUCCUAUAUCCUGCUUUCUUAUCCCCUUUGGCACGCAUACCAAAUGCCCACUUCACGUCACCCAUUUCAUCGGCAUGGAUUACUUGGCGACGCUUCAUAGCGACGAACAACCGGACUAUACAAGCGGCACACGAGAAACUGGGCCCGAUCGUAAGAUUAGGACCGAAUGAACUAUCUAUCAAUUGUGUAGAUGGCGGUAUCAAGACCGUUUAUGGCGGUGGGUUUGAGAAGCAUGAAUGGUAUCCAAGAGUAUUUGGCUCUCUGGGAACAGUCAGUAUGUUUACCAUGACUGGCAGUAAGGAACAUGCUACUCGAAAACGCAUGCUGUCGAACAUAUAUUCCAAAUCAUAUCUACAAUCGUCACCUGCAUUGAAGCUCAUAUCCACCACAAUGAUAUACGACCGGCUACUGCCCAUUCUGGAGACCGCUGCAUCUUCCAAAGAAGCGGUUGACGUUCACGAACUCAAUUCAGCACUAACCAUGGACUUUGUCUCGGCUUACUUGUAUGGACUUCAAAACGCAACCAAUCUACUCCAAGAUGUCCCAUUUCGAAAACAUCUCCUACAUAACUACCAAUGCAGGAAGCCUUUCGAGUUCUACUACCAGGAGGUACCGGGCCUUGUAACUUUCAGCCAAGCCAUUGGAUUACCUAUCAUCCCACAAUGGUGCCGUGAUGCCACCCAGGUGAUGGAUGACUGGAACAUGGAUCUAUGUGACAAGGCGGAAAAGUCACUUGCUUCUAGCGACCCACGUAUCGAGCCCACGGUUUAUAAGCAGAUGAAAGUAUCCAUGAUCAAGCAAAUGAACCUGGGAAAGGAAGAUAUGGCAGCGAACUCGCAGAGAUUAAAACAACAAAAAAUAGACAUUGCCUGUGAGACGUAUGAUCAACUCACAGCAGGACAUGAGACUAGUGCUGUAGGGCUUACCUAUCUAUACUGGGAGCUCUCUAAGCAUACCGACAUUCAAGAUGAGUUACGGAAUGAGCUACACACUCUCUCAACUAGGAUCAAUAAGGCCCCUACGUCCGAAGCUGCCAAGCAGCUUCCAGGAGCCAAAGAGAUUGAUGCCUUGCCGCUUCUACAAGCAGUCAUCAUGGAGACUCUUCGGCUACAUGCGCCUAUUCCGGGUAUACAGCCCCGUAUAACACCAAAGCCAUCUUCGACACUCGUUGGAUACCACAAUAUACCACCAAAUGUACGGGUCAAUGCACAAGCAUACUCCCUUCAUCGCAAUCCAGAUGUAUUUCCCGAGCCUGAAUCAUGGCAACCACGUCGAUGGCUCAAGGAGUACAAUUCACCGGAAAUGGAGGAGAUGCGAAGAUGGUUUUGGGCUUUUGGUAGCGGGGGAAGAAUGUGCGUUGGCAGCAACUUUGCAAUUCAAGAGAUGAAACUCGUAACAACGGCGAUAUACACCAAUUAUAAAACCACAAUCGUGGAUGACGAAGGCAUUGAAGCUAUCGAUGCGUAUACAGUUAAGCCGACAAGUGACAAACUAAUCUUGGAGUUUGAGCGCAUUUGA